GAACUGAGUCUCAGUCUGGUGUCGGUAGUGAUGUGCCUGGGGCAGUAGGGAAAGGGGGCUAAGAAGGCGAUGGGGAAGUGGUGGCGUGGAGAUAGGUGACUUGGUGUCUCAGGCGAUCUAGAGGGCCCCUUCAUUGUGCCUGCCUUCUGUGAAACACUGGGUUUGGAGCAGUUUCAGCUGGCCAGAGCGGAGCGGCAGGGGUGUAGCUCCAUUGGGCCACAGUAGUGGGCGGCGAGCUCGGGAGGGUGAGGAAAUCUCUGUCCCCGGCAGCCGCCGCUGCCCCUUUGAUGUUUUGGUACGCCGUGCGCAUGCGCUCCACAUUAGAAUUACUGCACUGGGCAGACUAAGUUGGAUCUCCUCUCUUCAGUGAAUCCCUCAAUCCCAUCAAAAACUAAAGGGAUGUGGAGAGUCCGGAAAAGGGGCUACUUUGGGAUUUGGUCGUUUCCCUUAAUAAUCGCCGCUGUCUGUGCUCAGAGUGUCAAUGACCCUAGUAAUAUGUCGCUGGUUAAAGAGACGGUGGACAGACUGUUGAAAGGCUAUGACAUUCGCCUGAGACCAGAUUUUGGAGGUCCUCCUGUGGCUGUAGGAAUGAACAUUGAUAUUGCCAGCAUUGAUAUGGUUUCUGAAGUCAAUAUGGACUAUACCCUGACCAUGUAUUUUCAGCAAGCCUGGAGAGAUAAAAGGCUGUCCUACAAUGUAAUACCUUUGAACUUGACAUUGGACAAUCGAGUGGCAGACCAGCUCUGGGUGCCUGAUACCUACUUCCUCAAUGAUAAGAAGUCCUUUGUCCAUGGAGUGACUGUCAAAAACCGUAUGAUCCGCCUGCAUCCAGAUGGCACAGUCCUGUAUGGCCUCAGAAUCACAACUACGGCUGCCUGCAUGAUGGACCUAAGGCGGUAUCCACUGGAUGAACAAAACUGUACCUUGGAGAUUGAAAGCUAUGGAUACACCACUGAUGACAUUGAGUUUUACUGGCGUGGCGAUGAUAACGCAGUCACAGGGGUGACGAAGAUUGAGCUUCCUCAGUUCUCCAUCGUAGAUUAUAAACUUAUCACCAAGAAGGUGGUUUUCUCCACAGGUUCUUACCCCAGAUUGUCCCUCAGCUUUAAGCUGAAGAGAAACAUUGGCUACUUCAUCCUGCAGACAUACAUGCCGUCCAUUCUGAUUACCAUCCUCUCGUGGGUCUCCUUCUGGAUUAACUAUGAUGCUUCUGCUGCACGAGUUGCAUUAGGUAUCACAACUGUCCUAACAAUGACCACAAUUAACACCCACCUCAGGGAAACGCUCCCUAAAAUUCCCUAUGUAAAAGCCAUCGACAUGUACCUAAUGGGGUGCUUUGUCUUUGUCUUCAUGGCCCUGCUGGAAUAUGCAUUGGUCAACUACAUCUUCUUUGGGAGAGGACCCCAGCGUCAAAAGAAAGCAGCUGAGAAGGCUGCUAAUGCCAACAAUGAAAAGAUGCGCCUGGAUGUCAAUAAGAUGGACCCCCAUGAGAACAUCUUACUCAGCACUCUUGAGAUAAAAAAUGAGAUGGCUACAUCAGAAGCAGUAAUGGGACUUGGAGACCCCAGGAGCACAAUGCUUGCAUAUGAUGCCUCCAGCAUCCAGUAUCGGAAAGCCGGGUUGCCUAGGCAUAGUUUUGGUCGUAAUGCUCUGGAGCGACAUGUGGCCCAAAAGAAGAGUCGCCUGAGGAGACGUGCCUCUCAACUGAAGAUCACCAUCCCUGACUUGACUGAUGUGAAUGCCAUUGAUCGGUGGUCCCGCAUUUUCUUUCCAGUGGUGUUUUCUUUCUUCAACAUUGUCUAUUGGCUUUAUUACGUGAACUAAAUUACAGCCUCCCGUGGGAAGCAAGGACUAGAUUACUCCUCAAACAGUUGUACAGCCUGACGUAGGACUUGGAAAACACAUCAAUCCAGGACAAAAGUGAUCUUAAAAAUACCUUAGUUGCUGGCCUAUCCUGUGGUCCAUUUCAUACCAUUUGGGUUGCUUCUACUAAGUAAUGAAUACACUAAGGUCCUUGUGGUUUUCCAGUUACAAUGAAAGUGAUUUAUACACAUGCUGGAAAGAUUGAGAAUGAAUUAUGCCACUUUAUCAGUGUAGUAUUCUCAGCCUACCCAAAGGGUUAUUAUCUAGAUUCUAGAAGAUGUUAGAAAGCUCAGUAGCAUUGGUAGUCAGUUCUCUGAGACAUGGUUAUUUUGCUCUCCACCAUUGUUCCUAAGACUGGCACACUGUUGGGACAGCACUGUGCUUAUGAAACACUCUUUGCAAUAAUGGAAGCAUGCUAUUUCAAUACAGUCAGUGAGGUCUGUGCCAGAUGAUAAGGGUGUCAUGGAGAGGUGAUUCUCAAGGGUCUAAUAGACUCAUAUGUGCUUUGAGCACAAUCAAUGUAGGGAGGUAGAGCAAAGCUUCAAAGCAGAGACUCAGGUAACCGGUGUAUCUGCUCUGUUUGAUUGCUUGCAAAGAACCAGCUGUGAUGUCUUUCAAUUUAACACUGGGACAGAGGAAAACUUGGGAGCAGACUGUGCACACCCAACAUGUAUGCUUUGCCAAAAAGCUAUUUCCUAGGUGGUUAAAAUAUGAGUUAACAGCAUGGAGCAGGGUUUUAAAAAAUCCAGUAAUGGCUGUAGUUAAGAGAAAGCAAACCAAGCAAGUGCAACCCUUGUCAGUGUCACAUGGCACCUGUUCUGCACAUAGUGUUGAGCAGCAAAGAGUAGAAUGAGGGGGAUUGGUUGGCCAACCUCAUAGGCAUAAACUUAGCAUAUGUAAGGAAGAUAUUUUUAAAUAAUUUAUCUCAUAAAAAGGUAGCCAUCAGAUAGAAAAGUGAAGAGAAAAAGUGUCCUGUUAGGUCAGGUUGAGAAUCAUUUCAAUAGUGAAACACAGAGCACAGAGAAGCUGGUCGGUUUUUUUUGUCAGUGUCAGCUGCCCCUACAUCAUCUCCCUUUCAGUUUAUUUCUGAAUCGAAUACAGUAUUUCAAAAAGAGAGUUGGUUCUUUGCUCUAAAUGACUAAUCCUCAUCUUCAUCUUUUCUUGCUUUCAAAAUUCUCUUUUUUGUACUUAGGAGACAGAGACCACGAGGCAUUGCAGACUGCACAAGCUGGGUUUUCUUAUGUGCUACGAAGUCCACCUUUGUGUUUUCUAAGGCAUGUGUUUGCACAAAUGAAAUCUGUGUCUAAUUUGGAUUUGGUAAUUUAAAGGGUGCUUACAUUGUAUAUAUUGCAAUCUACCUUUGCAAUUAUGCCAUCCCACAUCUUUCCAUAUUGGGAAAACACAUUCAUAUACUGGACAGAAAAGAGAAUAGGCAUAUAUAAUUUUUUUUGUCAAUAGGGGGUCUCAUAUUUGGUUCUUGCCCUCAGAAAAUACUGAAUUUCUAAGUUUUCUAUAAAUUUGGCUCUGAUUGACCUUUCCCUCAGAGGAUGGCUGCUAUUUCUAUUUUUAAAAACAUCAAAGAAAUUCUGACUUCAUAGUGUGGUCCCCAGUAAGUGCAUAAAAAUUAAGGCUAGUCUUCUGCAGAUAAAGAUUCAGUUUUCUGCCCAUGAUUCAGAAACUUGGGGUAUUAAGUGUUAUUCUUCCAUUCCAACUAUUAGAAGCAAAAAAAAGGAAAAACAUUUUAUCAUUCGUUUUCUAAAUUUUCACAAAGUUGGGGUGGUAGAAUGUUUUGGUUUAGUCUGGUUUGAUUUGGUUCAGUUUGGUUUGGUUUCCAUUGGUGUUGUGAAGUUUCCUGUGUUUUGAUUAAGUACUGGAACCCUCCUGAGUUACAGGACCACAGAUCUGAAGAAGAAUCUCUGCAUGAUCUCAGAGUAAAGAUUCUUCAAGUUUCUCCAUGCUUUCUCCUACACAAUCAUUUCUGGGAAUCACAGUAAUAAAAGUGCCUAUCCCUUGUCACCAAGGGGUGAAGUUCGAAUAUAAAAUAACAUGAAAGAAACAUAAUGAUAAACUCAGGGGCACACCUGUGACAUGCCAUUCUGAAACGAUUUUUCUAACAAUAAUUCUGAGCCUGUGUCUAGGCUCCCAUUUGCAAUUUCCAUAAAAGCCAUAAAAAAUCCUUGAUAUUGUCAUUUGAGAUUAUAAAAGUAUCUUAGAUGUCCAGGAAAGUCAAGCAAACUAUUUAGAUAGAAACAGGGGAAAGCAGCCUCACAGUGUGGGACUGGUAUGCAUAUGACCAGGAAACACAUUUCUGCACAUAACUAAUGCAGAGAGAAAAUGGAACCUUGGAACCAGUGUCCUAGAGUGAAACCAUAUGUUGGCAUUCAAUAACCACAUACGAAGAAAACUCUGACUCAUCCUGUCCAGGAAUAGAGAUCCAUGUAGAAUUUAUUUUCAAGCUACAUACUUAGUUGAAUUAGAAUGCAAGAAAGGGUGCUAGGUCUGAGAAUCUGGGAAAACCAAUUAGUUUGUUACCCAGUAAUUAAACUAAAGGACCACAAAUGUGUGUUUUGGCAAUCUUAAAAUGGUAGUCCAAUCAGUUUAUACAUAUGUAUAGUUUUCUUCCUUUGAUUAUACAGUAACCAGAUAGCCAGCAAUUAAGGUGUUUUCUCAUCUCUGAGAAAUUAUUAGGCAAAUUCUGACUCUCAAAUGCAGACUCUAAAUAAAUCUCUGAUCUCAAUCUGUAUAUAUAUAUAUAUAUUGUACAUGACUGCUUGUAGGUAUGAAAUGCACUCUGAACUGAAAUCUCAUGCAACAUACCCAUGUGUUUGCAUAGAAUGUUACAAUUAUUUCUACUGCAAUUUACCAACAGAGGAUAGGACUCAAGCAGUGCCACCUAGUCCUGCUGUCUCUUCAUUUCAACAAGAGCAGUGCUAAGUAAAAUAAUAACAACGAUAAUAAUAAUAAUGAUUUUUUCUCAAAACGAAAGACUCUACAUUCUAGCAUUAGCACCACAAACAGAAAUGAUCUGUCGGCUUACAAAAGCACAAGAAAUCACAAAUUGCAGUGGAAAAAUCUAGUGAAGAAAUGAGUCAAGGUUAUUUUAAGCAGGACCUGCUUAAAACUGGCAACUAUGACCACUUCCAUUUCCUGUAGGUCACUAUGUUUAAGUCUUCUGGCUAAUUUCAUGUUCAAAAACUGAAAACAUCAACAUAAACAGGUCUUAUAGCAUAUCUACAUGUGUAUAUGUGUAUAUAGAGAUCCGUUUAAACACAAAUGCAUAUAUAUGCAUUCAUAUGUCAGAAACAAAAGGAAUAAGCUAAUGAGCUGUUUCCUUCAUUGAGCCUGUAUAUUAGUAUGUUUUUUUUUUAAUUUGGCAACCAACAGUCACCAUCCUGAAAUAAGUAAUACAGGGUACUGAACAUCUCUCCCAGCAAUCAAUGCCUACAGUUCCUAAGAACAUUGCACAGGUUGACUCUACAAUUGUACUGUACCUCAGAAUAGCAGAUAUUAACUAGUUUCUGCAUUGCUUGUCAAAUGUCCAUUUGCUGUCUUUCUAAGGACACAGAUAACAUUUUUCAUCAGUGAUUUAAGACAAAAAAAUAAGAAAAUGGAAAAAAAUCCUCUUGGGAAAAAAAGAAAAAAGAAGACUAACCCUCACCAUGUUGGUUAGGGAAAAUUAAAACUGUAGCAAUCAUGCCAUUUGCUAAGUGUACAGAGUCUGUUGUGUAAGCAACCAUAACUUUCACUGAGCUUGUGUAAAUAUUUAAAAAGAUUUCUUAAAUAUUUUUAACUUCUAAUUUGUAUUUUAUGGUAAGGCAAUGUACUAAUUCUGUUCAUGGCUUACAUCGAAGUGUUACAAUAUGUACAUAAUUAAAGAUGCUGUAAAUUAAUAGUCAAUAGAUGCAGAUAAUUGUUUAGGGUUUUUGUCUUAAUUUUAUCUAUUUAUUUUUUACUAAGUAUGUUUACUGGAGUGGCCCCAACAGAGUAAUUUAAACACCCUUUUGCAUAAAUGAUUUGGGAAUCCCAUACAGAAGGAUUUCCAUUGCUGUCUCUCACAUGAAGGUAUGAGUACACACACAUACACACAUAAACACACACACAUAAACACACACACACACACAUACUCACUGUCUUCCACUGCCUUCUUUUUGCUCCUAUUUUCUCACUCUCAGUGGGAAAUGUAGCAUUGUUUUGUUGUCAUAUUAACAACCAAGAAAUGCUUUAGAUAUGGCAACUGGAAAAAAGGAGAAGUGGUUACGGUUAAUUAAUGGUUUUUCUAAGCCAGAGUAUAAGAAGCCAAAGUUUGAAUAUUAUAGUUUUUCCCCCAAACUAGAGGUCUGUAGCAGUACUGCAGAUAACAACACCAUUUAUUCAUACCAGCUCCAGAAAUUUGUUACAUACAAUGCAUGCUAGAAGAGGUUUUUCUUUUUUUAAUAUACAGUAGCAUCAUGUCUUUAGAUAGUAUUAUUCCUUUCAACCAAAGACUCCAGAAUUAUUUUUCAAAAGGAAAGAAAAAUAGGAAAUGGGAAAUAAGACACUGCUUUACACCAAAGUAUAAAUAUUUUUUCCAAAUGCAGUAGGAAGUUGGUUUUAAAACACAGUAAGGAGUCAAUAGAGGGUAAAUUCAGAUGCUGCCCUAAGCAAAUUAUUGUUUGUUUGUGUGUUUGUUAUUUUUAAGUUGGAAAAAAAUCUGUACCUUUUGGAAAUACAAUGAGAAAAUUUCUCUGGAUGUGUGCAAGAUUUUGACAUUAAUUUCUAAUUUGAUUUAAGAAGUACUUUUUGUGAUAAACAUCCAAAAUGGUGAAAAACAAAAGUUUACUUUGAGUUUGAAAGCAAAAUGCCAUUCCCUGUCACUCCACCUCACAUCUGAUGGCACACCUCUGUCAUCACACCGUUUGAAUCAAGUCAAUGUUUCCACCAGCUUGUAUUCUUUCUCUGUUUAUAUUUUGGUUCUAUGACUAAGAGUCCAACCACAUUUAUUUUAAACACAGUUCACUCAAACAAAGUUGUCUAUAAUUUAAAUUCCGUGCCACUUACAAUUUUUCUUUGCAUGGGUGUUUAAAUAGUUCUGUUAUGGAAUUGUUCCUACAUAGUUCUGAACUGUCCUUUUCUAAGAAGUAUUGUUCUAGUUUCUUCACAAUGUAGUGAUUAUCAGCCUUACAAUGACCUUGUAGCCUUUCUGAACUUUGAACACACACAUCAUGCUCACUCCCCAACAGCUAGAAAAUGCAAAGCACUAGCAGGAUACAUUGCAUCCGUUUUCACGUCUUUUUAAAAACAGGACUUCUAAAAUCUCUGGGAUACAUGCAGUAGUAAAAAUUCAAAAGAAGAUUAUCAAUGAAUAGCACAUAAGAAUUAUUUUCAUGAAUUUCAACUUAUUGCAGCCAGUUUCCGCAUGUAAAUAUAUAAUAAUGUUGGCUAGUGUGUAAUUCUUGAGCUAAGAGAUAUAAAUAAAAGUCAAAAGAUC